AUGUCCGACAAUACGCCUCAGAAACGCAAACGUGACGAACGACAAGAGGUCCCGGCUGUCGAGAACGACGGCGGCAAGAAGCAGAAAGAGUCCACCACGGAAGCUGUUGCGAUGGAUGCCGUUGCGGCAUCUGCCCAGCCCCUGGUUGGUGAACGUGGACCAGCUGCGGAAGCACCAGUCACCCAAGAAGACGUCAACAAAAUGAUUCUUCAAGCAUUGGAGGGAUAUGUGAAGAAGGAAGACCAUGAGAAACUAGUCGCUCAAGCAUUGGAGGGAUAUGUGAAGAAGGAAGACCAUGAGAAACUAGUCGCUCGAAUCGACCACGUUGCCGGCGCCUUUCAGCCAGCAACAGAGUUUGCCCUCUUUGAAACCGCAGUGUAUGUUUUCGUCGAACCUCUCGUUCCGUCGGGUGAUGGCUGGUCGACCGAAACAGUCCAGCAUUCUACUAUGAAUCUUUGCAAGAUUCUAAUAGAUAACCUGCUGGAAAAAAAGAAGGGCGGGUUUCAGUGGAUGGACCUGUCGAAGAAGGUAAACUUCCCGAAAGAAAAAAAGGAGCCUUUGUUGUUGAGUGGACUCGCAGGGUCAGUGUGCUACAUCCAUAACGCGGAAAAAGACGCGAUCGAGAAAUGGGGACAAGGUCAACGAAACCAGCUUUCCCACAACGGAUCGCUCCUGGAUUCGCUGUACGCAUCGCCUCAGAAAGAUCUCGCGGCAGGAGACUACGACAGUACAAAAACAAAGAUCAAGAGCACGCGAAAGCUUUUUGAAACCGAGGCAAACAGUAAGCGUUCGCAGUUUACAACAGUUGAGGAUGGUGUCAACGCAGUGGUGGCGGCGCUCCAGAAGAAGGGAUGCACCAUUGAGCAAGAGGGUAUCACAUCGUCGAUCUCUGGGCUCAAGAGCCAGGUAAAAAGUCCGUGA